GGAAUGUAAAAAAAGGAUUACCCGAAUGAACGAAAAUUUUUUAAGCAAAAUAAAAUUGCUUCCAUUUUUAUAUUUAAAAAAACCAAAUGUAUAUUUUUUUUAAUUUCAUUUUUCUGUACAAUUUUAACAAACAGGAUUGAAAAUUAAAAAAAAGUUCCAUUUUAUAAUUUUACAAAACCAGAUCAGUAUGCAAAUUUUUAUAAACAUCCCGCAUGAUGACUCCAUAUGUAUUGAGUCAUUCAACGUUAGUAGCAUAAAAGAUGUGAAAGAGAAGAUAUCUGAGUUGAAAGGUAUCCCUUGUGAGGUGCAAAAGUUGUUCAAAAAUGGCCGCCAAUUGGAAGACGAAGAGCUUAUCGAACUUGACGAGGCUGAAUUUGAGUACACCAUAGACUUAACCUUCGGAUUACUUGGUGGUGGCAAAAAAAAGAAAAAGAAAGUUUACAAGAAACCCAAAAAGGAGAAACAUAAGAAGAAAAAGGUCAAAUUGGCUGUACUUAAGUUUUACAAAGUUGGGGACGAUGGAAAAGUGUUCAGAUUGAAAAAGCAGUGUGACAAUUGUGCACCUGGCACCUUGAUGGCUGCUCAUUUUAAUAGGGAAUACUGUGGAAGGUGCCACCUCACCAUUAUGAAAAAAUAAACGAACUAAUAUAUCGUAUAAGCGUUGUUUAAAGGCGUUUUUAAAAAAUGUUUUUUUUCUUUUCUCCUACCCUUCCCAUUUUCCAUUUUCUUUUUUCCUUUUUUCCUUUUUUUUAACUGCAUAUUUAAAGAACAUACGGUGAAAGGAUAAGAAUUAUCAAUUAA